UACUGCUUCGGCGUGUGUGACGCAGUUGCGACGUUGAAGUGAAAGAAGCGCGGUUUAAGGUCAUGCCCAUCUGCACGAUGUAAGUUGCCUGCUUUUUCUCGGUUUCCACCAUCUUCCAACUAUUGAAGCCUGCUGCAGAGCGUCGUCAACGUACCGGUGUCCUGCAAUGGCACCAACAAGCAGAAAUCGGCAGCCGGCGAAUAGAGGCGAUUAUAGGUACGGUCUCAACGAGCAACCUAUCGUCGACUUCGCGAAUCCGCCCUUGAACCAUCGUCCCAAACUUUUCUGCUGCCCAGUGGCUGAAUCAAAUGCAUCUCACCUACCUCGAAGUUUCGUCAACCCGGGUCGGCAUUUGAUGAACCAACAACUCCGAUCUUUCCUCGAAUGCGCCGACGAUUCCCAAUAUACGUUCUCAAAAUGUGAGGUGUCCCAUAUUGUCGAGGUGACCACCCGAGCCAUCCACAACAAUCCUGCGGCAGCGUCACACAGCAUGCACAUUCAGCAGCAGUGGAACCAGUCGUCCAGCCCUCUUCGGCCUUAUCCAGUCGAUACAAUCACCCCUCCAUUCGACUCGAGCUAUGAGAACGAAAUGGUGCUCGAUGAUGAACAUGAGUUGACCUACAGCACCUACCAGAGCAUGUCGACGAGAUAUUUCAUCGCCCAGAACAGCAGCAAUGCCUGGCAAAUCCCUCCUCACUCAAGGCAGUAUCGAGACAACCGUCCAGAUCCGAAUCAAGGCAGGGGCGGAGUUGACAAGUAUAUGGAAAUACCACCGUUCAAAAGUAUGCCUUACACAUCGGAAAGUAGUGGAGGAGGCUCAUCAGGAGGAGGAAACGCCGCUCGACCGUGGAUACCGUCGUGCAGCAUGUUGAUGUGGUGCAACCAGCACAACAACUUCUAUGAGGUACACGUGUUGUCUUAAUGAGGGGAUUACAUACAUAUCUAUGAGGCAGCCAGAUGUGGAAUCUGCAGGCGGGAUGAAAACGAGUGGCGGUU